GGAGCGCGGCGUCGGGGUAAGCACCGUCCGUGCCCUCCGCGUCCCUGCCCGGCAUGUGAGCGGCCCGGGCCCGCUGGUCUCCCCCGGCUCUCGCUGCAGUAGGAGCCGCGGCGGCUCCCGGCCCCAUUCCCGGCUGGGCCCGGCCCCUCAGCUGCUAGCGCAGGCCCCGCGGCCCGGCCCCGCGGCCCGGCCCCGCCGCCGCCAUGGCGCUGAAGAUGGUGAAGGGCAGCAUCGACCGCAUGUUUGACAAGAACCUGCAGGACCUGGUGCGAGGGAUCCGCAAUCACAAGGAGGACGAGGCAAAAUACAUCUCCCAAUGCAUCGAUGAGAUCAAGCAGGAGCUCAAGCAGGAUAACAUUGCAGUGAAAGCAAAUGCAGUCUGCAAACUUACAUACUUACAGAUGCUGGGCUACGACAUCAGUUGGGCUGCUUUCAACAUCAUUGAAGUCAUGAGUGCAUCAAAGUUUACAUUCAAACGCAUCGGUUACCUCGCGGCCUCUCAGUGCUUUCAUGAAGGGACUGAUGUCAUCAUGUUGACUACGAAUCAGAUCCGAAAGGAUCUGAGUAGCCCUAACCAGUAUGAUACUGGAGUUGCACUGACUGGCUUAUCCUGUUUUGUUACUCCAGAUCUUGCCAGGGACUUGGCAAAUGACAUCAUGACAUUGAUGUCUCAUACAAAGCCUUACAUCAGGAAGAAGGCAGUGUUAAUCAUGUACAAAGUGUUUCUGAAAUACCCAGAGUCCCUCCGUCCCGCAUUUCCUCGCCUUAAAGAGAAACUUGAAGAUCCAGAUCCUGGUGUUCAAUCUGCUGCAGUAAACGUUAUUUGUGAGCUGGCUCGACGCAAUCCCAAGAACUACCUUUCCCUUGCUCCCCUCUUCUUCAAGUUGAUGACGUCCUCCACCAAUAAUUGGGUUCUCAUUAAAAUUAUAAAACUGUUUGGUGCUCUUACUCCAUUAGAACCUAGGCUGGGGAAGAAAUUGAUUGAGCCUCUGACCAACCUCAUCCAUAGCACUUCAGCCAUGUCUCUCUUAUAUGAAUGUGUGAACACAGUAAUAGCAGUUUUGAUCUCUCUGUCCUCUGGGAUGCCUAAUCACAGUGCUAGCAUCCAGCUUUGUGUUCAGAAGUUAAGGAUAUUGAUAGAAGAUUCUGACCAGAACUUGAAAUACCUGGGACUGUUAGCUAUGUCCAAAAUCCUGAAAACACAUCCUAAGUCAGUCCAGUCUCACAAGGAUCUCAUUCUCCAGUGUCUGGAUGACAAAGAUGAGUCUAUCCGACUCAGAGCUUUAGAUCUCCUGUAUGGCAUGGUAUCAAAGAAGAACUUGAUGGAGAUAGUGAAGAAACUGAUGAUCCACGUGGAUAAAGCAGAAGGGACGACAUACAGGGAUGAGCUGCUGACCAAAAUCAUAGAUAUUUGUAGUCAGUCCAAUUAUCAAUAUAUCACAAAUUUUGAAUGGUACAUCAGCAUCUUGGUGGAGCUGACCCGAUUGGAAGGCACACGGCAUGGGCACCUUAUAGCAGCUCAGAUGUUGGAUGUAGCUAUCAGAGUUAAAGCUAUUCGUAAAUUUGCAGUUUCUCAGAUGGCCAUGCUUCUGGACAAUGCUCAUCUCAUAGCCAGCAACACCCAGAGAAAUGGGAUCUGUGAGGUGCUUUAUGCUGCUGCUUGGAUAUGUGGGGAGUUCUCCGAGCAUCUCGAGGAAGCAAACCAAACUCUAGAAGCAAUGUUGAGGCCUAAAGUGACAACUCUCCCAGGCCACAUCCAGGCAGUUUAUGUGCAGAACAUGGUGAAGCUUUAUGCAUCCAUCCUGCAGCAGAAAGAGCAAGCUGGGGAGAAGGAAGCAGCUCAGGAAAUCACGCAGCUGAUGAUUGACAGGUUGCCUCAGUUUGUACAGAGUGCAGACCUAGAAGUUCAGGAGAGGGCUUCUUGCAUCUUGCAACUAAUAAAAUACAUUCAGAAGCUGCAAGUAAAAGAAGUACCAGUAGCUGAGGAAGUAAUAGCACUGUUUGCUGGUGAGCUGAACCCUGUGGCUCCUAAAGCACAGAAGAAAGUACCGGUUCCAGAGGGGUUGGACCUUGAUGCCUGGAUCAAUGAACCUCCAUCAGACAGUGAGUCUGAAGAGGAAAAGCCCAAAACAAUUUUUCAUGAUGAGGAACAAAGACAUUCCAGACACAGACAGCCAGAAAUAGAUGAAGAGGAACUGGCCAGACGUCGGGAAGCCCGGAAACAAGAACAGGCAAACAACCCAUUUUACAUUAAAAGCUCUCCUUCCCCACAGAAGCGAUACCAAGACACUCCAGGUGUGGAACAUAUUCCUGUGGUCCAGAUUGACCUUUCUGUCCCCUUAAAAGUUCCAGGAAUGCCUAUGUCUGACCAGUACGUGAAACUGGAAGAAGAGCGAAGACAUAAACAGAAACUGGAGAAAGACAAGAAAAAGAAAAAGCAGAAAAAGGAGAAGAGGGGUAAACACCAUCGCCAUAACUCCCUGCACACUGAGAGUGAGGAGGACAUUGCUCCAGCUCACCACGUCGAUAUCAUCACAGAGGAGAUGCCGGAGAAUGCUUUGCCCAGUGAUGAAGAUGACAAAGAUCCCAAUGAUCCAUAUAAGGCACUUGAUAUAGAUCUGGAUAAACCCUUAGCAGACAGUGAGAAGCUCCCAGUGCAGAGACACAGGAACGUUGAGACCCUGAAGUCACCAGACUCAGAAGCUCUCCUAGUAGAGAAGAAGAGUAAGAAACCCAAAAAGAAGGAAAAGAAACACAAAGAAAAGGAAAGAGAGAAAGGAAAGAAGAAGGAGAAAAAGGUAGUACAGGAGGAAGAGGAAAAAAAGGGGGAAGACUUGGAUUUCUGGCUCUCCACUGCUCCACCACCUGCUCCCACUACCCAGCCACAGAGUGAGCCUGAAGUGGGUGCUGCCCUUGUGGCUGAACCUCAAGAGAUAAAAAAGGAAGAAAGGGAAGAGCAAGAUGAAGAGGAGGAUGAUGAAGGGAAGAAAUCCUCCAAACAUAAGAAGAAAAAGCACAAGAAAGAAGAGAAAUCAAAGGAUAAAAAGAAAUCCAAAAAGAAGACUCACCACAGUGAGGAGGAGACAACCGAGUCAGUGCAGAAUGGAACACUAGAUGAUGAACCACUACCACCUAUGUCCAGUUACCGCCUUCUUGCUGAAAAUCCAUACAUUAAAAUGACUUACGAUAUUCAAGGAAACCUCCAGAAUGAUAGUCAAGUUACUGUCUCUGUUAUCUUUGAGAACAAAAGCACUAGCUUCCUUAAGAGUAUGGAACUAAAUGUCCUGGACUCUCUGAACACUAGAAUGCUCCGACCAGAAGGCUCAUCUGUACACGAUGGGAUACCUGUGCCCUUCCAGCUACCCCCUGGAAUCUCUAAUGAAGCCCAGUUUGUGUUUACACUUCAGAGUAUUGUUAUGGCUCAGAAGUUAAAAGGAACACUGUCCUUUAUAGUCAAAAAUGAUGAAGGUUCAACCCAUGAAAAACUAGAUUUCAAAUUGCACUUCAGUUGCGCUUCAUACUUGAUCACGACGCCUUGCUAUAGUGAUGCUUUUGCCAAGCUCCUAGAGUCUGGAGAUCUGCACAUGAGCUCCAUUAAAGUAGAUGGAAUUAGCAUUUCUUUCCAACAUCUACUGGCAAAGAUCUGUUUUCAUCACCAUUUUUCAGUUGUGGAACGCGUUGAUUCAUGCGCAUCCAUGUACAGUCGUUCUAUCCAAGGCCAUCACGUCUGCCUACUGGUAAAAAAGGGAGAGAACUCUGUAUCCAUAGAUGGGAAAUGUAAUGAUUCCACCCUGCUUAGCAACUUGUUGGAUGAAAUGAAAGAGACAUUGUCCAAGUGCUGAAUACUCCUUACAGAAUACUCCAACUGCAAGAAACACACCUAACGUGUAAAGACGAGCAGACCCAAGUGUUAAGUUUCUCCCUCGUACGCAUGUACUAUCCUGGGGCACGUGCUUUUCAGUUAACUCCACCAUUGUUUGCAGUUUAGGCAUUUUAAGGCUGUAUGUUACCUUUUUAUUUCAAAACUUUCUACAAACUGUGGUGUUAACCCUUUCUAGCCCAAAGAGACCCUGGUGACAUGACUGGAGGAGGGAGGGAAGGGCGCUAUUUAUUCAGCAGCUCAUGAUGAUCCAUCCCAUAAACUUUGCUAUCUGCGUGGGACAGUGGACUAAGCAGAAUUUCAUCAACAGUAGCACAGUGUUGCUUGUGCUUAUUGCCAGGGGAGGUUGACUUGAUACUUAGCCAUGGAAUGUGUCUUCAGGGCUGCUGUAGUUGAUGUAUAUUUCUAGCAGAGGCUGGUGCUGGACCUGAAGGCCUCUUUUGUUUUUUUAUAUAUAUAUGAUUUAUUAUUAUUAUUAUUAUCUCAAGAUCUGUUGUGAUCAGCAUAUAAACAUCCUCCAUCUCCUUGAGCUAAUCCAAAUGACCCCUGAGAGAAUUGGGAUGUUUGACUUUCUGUUUAUAGUAGUUGCCUUGAGCCUUAACCUUCUUUUAGUGACAGCUGAAAGAGUAGAGAGUGACUGCAUGGACAGGCUGGAAGUGUCACUGUUUGGUCCUCUGCUCCCGUUGUCACCCCUGCAAAUGGAGUCUCUCAUGCUUCUGCCCUUUGAGCAGUCUCUGAUGAUGUGUUUCAUGAGUCCACUUCAAUUUCACAUUCCUAGGGCGUAGCAAGAAACUGGAAAUCCAAGGGGGUCUGUUCCUGCUUUUUGUAUCAUUUCACUCACCAGCUGAGGUUGACCACUGCCAGGUUGGAGAAACAUGCCCACGUGUGUAAUCCUCUGUGCUCUGAACAGUUUGGAGGUACAAGCCCUGCUCCCUCUCUCAUCCCUGCAGCAUUCCACAGCCCUGCCCUUGCAGUGCCUGUGGGUUGAGCAGCACAAGUGUACCUGGAUCCCUGCAGGGGGCAGGAGGAGGUGCUGGUGAGGAGCUGCAGGCCUGCUCUGUAGCAGGUUCCUUCAGAAGGAAGAAAGGCAGGGUCCACAAAGUGAAGCCUCUUCUGCACUCUUGGAAUCUUGUGGAAUCACUGACCAGAAGGGGAUGUUGCUGUGUCCUUUACAGCGAUGCUGAAGUGAUGUCCUCCAAAAUACCUUGCUUUGUAUUUUAUCCUCCCCUCUUCCGCUUGGUUUACCUUUGCUGCUCUACACCUGGCAAAGUGAGAACACACUUGAACGGUUUUGCUUUGAGCCCCGGGGCAGAGAGCUGUGGGUUGCUGUCACCAGGAGGGUCCCCAAUGAGGGUUGUGUUGGUCUGUGCCUCUCCAGCACCACCACCGUGAGCUAAACCCCAAGCAGGCCACAGGAUGAAGUGUUGAUCAUCUCUGGGUGAGUGUCCUAUACUUGUGCUCUUCACCCUCUUCCCACAUGAGGGUGUUCAGAGGCCCUGGUUUUAUUUCUAGGACCAGCUUCAUGUUCUGACCAUGCUGCAGGAGCUUGUUUUCCCUGCUGGUGAGGUGGUUUAGUGUUGGUCAGCCUCCCCUAGUGAGCCCGUUGGUGUAUUAGAAACUGAACAUAUUACAAUUGUCUUCAAGGAUAAUGUUCCUCAAUUAGUGUUUGGGUUUUCUUUUUUUAAUUCAUGGAUGAGAACUGUCACUUUAGCAUGUAGAGUCUUCUCUUACAGAAUCCUGUGCAGUGAUUCUAGACUUUUGAAACUGUAUGAUGUGUUACAUUCACAAAUUGAUUUGCUAUCAACAUUCCCUUAAAAACAACAAAAGGAAAACAAAACCAACAUACCACAAGCUGCUGUAAUGAUUUUGUGUCGAGAUGAUCCAAUAAAACUUUCAAAACAAAGUUCAA